AUGAAUCAUUUAACUGGCACUUAUCCAACAACCCCAAACUUCCAGGUGUCAACUGUGCUCAUCGUAAAGUUUGUUUUGGAGGAGGAGGCGAGUCUUGUGAUUAUGGAAAGACAUGAUAAGGCAAGGAAAGUCGCAGGGAAAAUCAUGUUAGUAAACGGUGGUGUGAAGAGAAAUAAUGGUGGGAGGACCGUGACUAUUUUGGUAAGCUGAAUAUAUUGACUCUUCCAUCAUUGUUAGUUGUCAAGUGCUGAUUCCCUAUCUAUAGAGCUGUAAGAACGAAGAGGAGAGAGUCCGAGCUAUUAAAGGGUAUUUUGAAAUUGAUUUGAUAGAGAAUGAAGCACAGGGAAUUCAAGGAAUAGCUUGUGAGUUGAUCGUCAACUCUUAAGGAGAAGAUUCGCCCUUGCGAUAGACAAAAAAAGGGUCGCAUAUCCCUCUCCGAUUAUUCUGCCUUUCGGUAUUAACUUAAGUAAUUAAUCUAGAUUGUUAAGUUUGUCAAUCUAAUUAUCCU